AUGUCCUCAUCGAUAAGUGAAUCGCAAGAACAAAAUCCAGAAACGAGUAAACUUGAGCCAUCUACGUCUUCAUUCACUCAUAAAGACAGAUUGUCAUAUGUCAGCGAAACGAAGCUAUACACUGGUAUUCGCGCCGAUCAGUGGCCAAUAGUAUAUCAUCCACUUUACAAUAUCUCUUUUUGUGGAAUCGAGAAACUCCAUCCAUUCGACUCAUCUAAAUGGGGACGAGUUCAUGCUAAACUAAUCGAGGAUGGAAUGUUAUCAAAAGAUCAGUUUGUUGAAGCGUCUGAAGCGAGUGAGCACGACCUGAGGGUUGUGCAUACCUCAUGUUAUCUCGCAGCGCUGAAAUGUCCUUGUAGAGUGGCUCGUCUCGUCGAGGUUGCUGUCGUCGCCUUUUUGCCCUCAUUCGUUAUUGACCGCUAUCUGCUGAGACCUUUCAGGUACCACACUGGUGGCUCAAUCCUAGCGGCUCGUCUCGCGCUCGAGAGGAACUGGGCCAUCAAUUUGGGUGGGGGAUUUCAUCAUGCUAGUCGAUCAAGGGGUGGGGGUUUUUGUGUAUACGCGGAUAUUUCACUGGCGUUGAAUUUCUUGUUCUUGAAUCGUCUUAUUGCAAGAGCUAUGAUCGUCGACUUAGAUGCUCAUCAGGGAAAUGGAUAUGAGCACGACUUCGCUGGUGACAACCGUGUAUAUAUAUUCGAUAUGUUCAAUUAUCAAAUCUACCCAAGUGAUUUCGUCGCUAAAAAUGCGAUUAGUCGAUCGGUUCCGUUGCGAAGUGGCACGGGUGAUUCGGAGUAUCUUCAUCAGCUGUCCAGGAAUCUGAGUGCUGCUUUGGGAGAGUUCUCAGCCGAUAUAAUAGUGUAUAACGCGGGUACGGAUUGCUUAGAAGGGGAUCCGUUGGGGCUGCUUUCACUCACCUUAAAUGGUAUAAUGAAACGCGACGAGAUUGUAUUCCACUUCGCCGAGCAAUGCCACAUUCCAAUCGUGAUGCUGAUGAGUGGCGGUUAUAUGUCAACCAGCUACGAAGUCAUCUCGAAAUCAAUUCUCAAUCUGCACCAAAAACGACUCAUCUCUCUUCCCGGUGCAGGAUUACUGCCUUUAUAA